UCCCUCUCCAUCUCCCGCUCCAUCUCUUUCGCUCUCCCUCUAUCUUCCUCUCUCACCCUCUAUCUUUCAGCCUCUCUGAAAGCGACUGUAGGUACACCCUGUGUAUGUGAGUGUGUGUGUUCGUGUGGGUUGUUGUGUGAAUUGCAUGUGCCUGUGUAUACAACGAAGGCACCUUUAUAAAGUGCUCCAGAUUUGGAUAUCUGAAACCUUUUCCUCUGCUUCUCUCAGCCAUCUCCUUCUGCAUAUUUCCCACGUUUUUAAGAAUCAGAUUUUUUCCCGUCGGCAUUUCCUUCGAUGGCAUCCUCAAUCCUUUCCCCGGCAUCUUGGAUUUAAUAAGUGGCCCUGUGGAAUGAACCAGGCAAUUUUGGAAUUCUCUUCACAGUUCUGGUGUAUGGUCUGUUGAGCAGGGAUGCAGCGAGGGAAUGUGGUUUAAGGGGAGACAGAGCCAACCUCACACCAGCAGCCUUCUGCCCUCCUCACAGUGACAAGGUCCCAGUUGGAAUCAACAGGCCAACAUUUACUGCCUGUAACCGAUAGGAUGGGGGCCAGGGAAGCGAGUGGGCACAGCUACCUGGUGGCUUGCUGGCAGCCCAUUCUGAUUCUGAUGCUGGGCACCGUACUGUCCGGUUCCACCACAGGCUGCCCGUCCCGCUGCGAGUGCAAUGCCCAGGAGCGCUCGGUCAUAUGCCACCGCAAGAAGCUUAUGUCCGUCCCUGAGGGCAUCCCCACAGAAACGCGGCUGCUGGACCUCAGCAAGAACCGCAUCAAGACCAUCAACAUGGACGAGUUCGCAGCCUACCCCAACCUGGAGGAGCUGGAGCUCAACGAAAACACUAUCUCGGCCAUCGAGCCCGGCGCCUUCAACAACCUGUACGGCCUCCGGACACUGGGGCUGCGCAGCAACAAGCUCAAACUCAUCCAGCUGGGUGUGUUCACGGGCCUCAGCAACCUCACCCAGUUGGACAUCAGUGAGAACAAGAUAGUCAUCCUGCUGGACUAUAUGUUCCAAGACCUGUACAACCUGCGCUCCAUGGAGGUGGGCGACAAUGACUUGGUGUUUAUCUCCCACCGGGCCUUCCAUGGUCUCAGCAGCCUGGAGCAGCUGACUUUGGAGAAGUGCAACCUGACCUCGGUGCCCACCGAGGCCUUCACCCACCUCCACAGUUUGAUCUUUCUCAGGCUGCGCCACCUCAACAUCUACGUUAUUAAGGAUUACUCCUUCAAAAGACUGUACCGGCUGAAAGUGCUGGAGAUCGCCAACUGGCCCUACCUGGACACCAUGACCUCCAAUUGCCUCUAUGGACUGAACCUCACCUCGCUGACCAUCACCAAUGGCAACCUGACCUCCAUCCCAUACGUGGCUCUCCGGCACUUGGUCUACCUACGGUUUCUGAAUCUGUCCUAUAACCCCAUCCACACCAUUGAGGGGAAUAAGCUCCAUGACCUUCUGAGGCUCCAGGAGUUUCACCUGGUUGGGGGCAGGCUGGCUAUGAUCGAGCCCUACUCGUUCCGAGGCCUAAACUAUCUGAAGAUCUUCAAUGUGUCUGGCAAUGCCUUGAGCACCUUGGAGGAGUCUGCGUUCCACUCGGUAGGCAACCUGGAGACUCUGGCGCUUUACGAUAACCCCUUGGCAUGUGACUGCCGGCUGCUGUGGGUGUUCCGGAGACGCUGGAGGCUCAACUUCAACCGGCAGCAACCCACCUGCGCUUCACCUGAGUUCGUACAGGGAAAAGAGUUUAAAGAUUUCCCGGACGUCCUGCAGCCCAACUACUUCACGUGUCGCAAGUCCAGGAUCCGGGACCGCAAGGCGCAGCAGAAAUUUGUGGACGAGGGAACUACUGUUCAUUUUGUAUGCCAGGCGGACGGUGAUCCCGCCCCAGUCAUCAUGUGGCUCUCACCCCAGAAGCAGUUCAUCACGACCAAAACCAUCGGGCGGCUCACAGUAUUCCCCGAUGGCACCCUUGAGGUGCGCUACGCUCAGAUUCAGGAUAAUGGCACGUAUGUGUGUAUAGCCAGCAACGCCGGUGGCAACGACACAUCUCUCGCCCACCUGCAUGUCCAUAGCUACUCUCCAGACUGGCCUCACCAACCCAACAAGACCUUUGCAUUUAUCUCCAACCAACCCAAUGAGAAUGGUGCCAAUGGGACCCGAACCAACGUCCCUUUCCCCUUCGACAUAAAGACCUUAAUCAUCGCCACCACCAUGGGUUUCAUAUCCUUCCUUGGUGUCGUCCUGUUUUGUCUGGUGCUACUCUUUCUGUGGAGUAGAGGUAAAGGGGCCACAAAGCACAACAUAGAGAUUGAGUAUGUGCCACGCAAGUCAGACGCUGGGAUGAGCAGCAACAACGCAGACGCCCCUCGCAAGUUUAACAUGAAAAUGAUUUAACGGGACCAAGGGAGCAAAGAGACUCUUAACUUGAAAUUGUAAAAAAAAAAAAAAAAAAAAGAACGUCAAAUCCUCCCUUACAAAUCUGUGGAUCCUGGGAUGUAAUCAUAAAGUAAUCUAUUUUCCCUGACUUAACUGUUGGAGAUGGAGAGAGAAGUUCCUUGCUUUCGUAAUAUGUUGAGUAUAUGAGGGGGAUGAUAGCAAAGCAGACGCUCCACAGCGUUGGCAAUUUCUGCAAGACCUUUAGGUACGUUUGUUCGAAGGCAAAUUUUGUUGUGUGCGAUUCAUAUUCUUGUGGAUUUAUAUUGGGAAGAAAUUAUAGAAAAAAAAGAGAUGAACCCUUCUCUAUGUACGUAAUAACCUGCCUUCACUGUCCUUUUGCCUGUGUUCUUAGUUUAUAGAUUUUUUACAGAAAUUGAAAUAUUUGUUUACCAAAAUGUUAAGAGUAGAUUGUAUGGGUUGAUGAGCACAUUUAAACAAUCCCUUCUGGUACUUUGUCAGUCAGAAUAUACAGUACCAGUCAAAAGUUUGGACACGCCUACUCAUUCAAGGGUCUUUCUUUAUUUUGACUAUUUUCUACAUUGUAGAAUAAUAGUGAAGACAUCAAAACUAUGAAAUAACACAUAUGGAAUCAUGUAGUAACCAAAAAAGUGUUAAACAACUCAAAAUAUAUUUUAGAUUCUUCAAAGUAGCCACCCUUUGCCUUAAUGACAGCGUACCACACUCUUGGCAUUCUCUCAACCAGCGUCACCUGGAAUACUUUUCCAACAGUCUUGAAGGAGUUUCAACAUAUGCUGAGGACUUGUUGGCUGCUUUUCCUUCACUCUGCUGUACAACUCAUCCCAAACCAUCUCAAUUGGGUUAAGGUCAUGAGAUUCUGGAGACCAGGUCAUCUUGAUGCAGCAUUCCAUCAUCCAUCCAUCUCCUUCUUGGUCAAAUAGCCCUUACACAGUCUGGAAGUGUUUUGGGUCAUUGUCUUGUUUAAAAACAAAUGAUAGUCCCACAAAGCACAAACCAGACGGGAUGGCGUAUCGCUGCAGGAUGCUGUGGUAGCCAUGCUGGUUAAGUGUGCCUUGAACUCUAAAUAAAUCAAUGACAGUGUCACCAGCAAAGCACCCCCAUACCAUCACACCUCCUCCAUGCUUCACGUUGGGAUCCACACAUGCAGAGAUCAUCCGUUCACCUACUCUGCGUCUCACAAAGACACGGCGGUUGGAACCAAAAAUCUCCAAUUUGGACUCAUCAAAGCAAAUGACAGAUUUCCACCGGUCUAAUGUCCAUUCCUCGUGUUUCUUGGCUCAAGCAUGUCUCUUCUUAUUAUUGGUGUCCUUUACUAGUGGUUUCUUUGCAGCAAUUCGACCAUGAAGGCCUGAUUCUCGCCAUCUCUUCUGAACAGUUGAUGUUGAGAUGUGUCUGUUACUUGAACUCUGUGAAGCAUUUAUUUGGGCUGCAAUUUCUGAGGCUGGUAACUCUAAUGAAGUUAUCCUCUGCAGCAGAGGUAACUAUGGGUCUUCCUUUCUUGUAGCGGUUCUCAUGAGAGCCAAAGUUCUUGACAUUUUCUAGCUUGACUGACCUUCAUGUCUUAAAGUAAUGAUGGACUGUUGUUUCUAUUUUCUUAUUUGAGCUGUUCUUAUCAUAAUAUGGACUUGGUCUUUUACCUAAUAGGGCUAUCGUCUGUAUACCACCCCUACCUUGUCACAACACAACUGUUUGGCUCAAACUCAUUAAGAAGGAAAGAAAUUCCACAAUUAACUUUUUAACAAGGCACACCUGUUAAUUGGAAUGCAUUCCAGGUGACUUCCUCAUGAAGCUGGUUGAGAGAAUGCCAAGAGUGUGCAAAGGUGUCUUCAAGGCAAAGGGUGGCUACUUUGAAGAAUCUCAAAUAUAAAAUGAAUUUUGGUUUGUUUAACACUUUUUCUGGUUACUACAUGAUUCUAUGUGUUAUUUCAUAGUUUUGAUGUCUUCACUAUUAUUCUACAAUGUAGAAAAUAGUAAUAUCAAGAAAACCCUUGAAUGAGUAGGUGUGUCCAAACUUUUGACUGGUGUGUGUGUGUGUAUAUAUAUAUGUGUUCUGUAUCUCGUCCAUUUCAUUCACUACAGUCGUGGCCAAAAGUUUUGAGAAUGACACAAAUAUUAAUUUCCACAAAGUUUGCUGCUUCAGUGUCUUUAGAUAUUUUUGUCAAAUGUUACUAUGGAAUACUGAAGUAUAUUUACAAGCAUUUCAUAAGUGUCAAAGGCUUUUAUUGACAAUUACAUUAAGAUGAUGCAGAGUCAAUAUAUGCAGUGUUGACCAUUCUUUUUUUUUAUCAAUGCUUGGAGAUUGUCAGAAUUUGUGGGUUUUUGUUUGUCCACCCGCCUCUUGAGGAUUGACCACAAGUUCUCAAUGGGAUUAAGGUCUGGGGAGUUUCCUGGACCCAAAAUAUCAAUGUUUUGUUCCCAGAGCCACUUAGUUAUCACUUUUGCCUUAUGGCAAGGUGUUCUAUCAUGCUAGAAAAGGCAUUGUUUGUCACCAAACUGUUCCUGGAUGGUUGGGAGAAGUUGCUCUUGGAGGAUGUGUUGGUACCAUUCUUUAUUCAUGGCUGUGUUCUUAGGCAAAAUUGUAAGUGAGCCCACUCCCUUGGCUGAGAAGCAACCCCACACAUGAAUGGUCUCAUGAUGCUUUACUGAUGGCAUGACACAGGACUGAUGGUAGCGCUCACCUUGUCUUCUCCGUACAAGCUUUUUUCUGGAUGCUCCAAACAAUCGGAAAGGGGUCUCAUCAGAGAAAAUGACUUUACUCCAGUCCUCAGCAUUCCUAUCCCUGUAGCUUUUGCAGAAUAUCAGUCUGUCCCUGAUGUUUUUCCUGGAGAGAAGUGGCUUCUUUGCUGCCCUUCUUGACACCAGGCCAUCCUCCAAAAGUCUUCGCCUCACUGUGCGUGCAGAUGCACUCACACCUGCCUGCUGACAUUCCUGAGCAAGCUCUGUACUGGUGGUGCCCCGAUCCCGCAGCUGAAUCAACUUUAGGAGACAGUCCUGGCGCUUGCUGGACUUUCUUGGGCGCCCUGAAGCCUUCUUCACAACAAUUGAACCGCUCUCCUUGAAGUUCUUGAUGAUCCGAUAAAUGGUUGAUUUAGGUGCAAUCUUACUGGCACCAAUAUCCUUGCAGCAAUAUCCUGUGAAGCCCUUUUUGUGCAAAGCAAUGAUGACGGCACGUGUUUCCUUGCAGGUAACCAUGGUUGACAGAGGAAGAACAAUGAUUCCAAGCACUAUCCUCCUUUUGAAGCUUCCAGUCUGUUAUUCGAACUCAGUCAGCAUGACAGAGUGAUCUCCAGCCUUGUCCUCGUCAACACUCACACCUGUGUUAACGAGAGAAUCCCUGACAUGAUGUCAGCUGGUCCUUUUGUGGCAGGGCUGAAAUGCAGUGAAAAUGUUUUUGGGGGAUUCAGUUCAUUUGCAUGGCAGAGGGACUUUGCAAUUAAUUGCAAUUCAUCUGAUCACUCUUCAUAACAUUCUGGGGUAUAUGCAAAUUUCCAUCAUACAAGCUGAGGCAGCAGACUUUGUGAAAAUUUAUAUUUGUGUCAUUCUCAAAACUUUUGGCUUCGACUGUACACUACAUUAAGUUGUUUUUAUACCUGUGGAGCGCAAUGUAAUUCCUCUAGUAAACACAUUGUUUUAGUGGAGUAACAAUGUUACAUAAUUAUUUAGUAGUUGCAUUGUAAUGGUAUAGUAUUUCAGUUACUGUUUCUUAGUCUACUCUUUAUUGUGUCAUAACAAACAAUGCACAAUUCCAUUACUAUACAUUUCCAAAGCAAAGACAACUUCUUACAAUUACUAUAACAUGUUACUGAUGUUGUUAGUAGAGUAAUUAAAGCAUUACUACACAUGUAAAAUAGCAACUUAAAAUGUUACCAUGGGAGUUUCAAAUACGUCAUUUUGUUGGCAUAAUUUUGUUGUAUAUAUGGUUAGCUGGGUCAUUGCUCUAUAGCGGCUUUUGGUUCGAACAUGAUUCUUCUUAAAACCCCUCUAAAUGUAUUAAUUCAUUCAUUUAUCAAGAUUAGAUCUCAUCAUCUCUGUUUUCUUGUGCUAGACACUGUGGCACACAAUGUUUAUUGGCCAUAAACAUUGCAUUAUUUUAUCAUAGUUCGUCAAAUAUAAUGAUAAUAUACAGUGCAUUCACACCCCUUGACUUUUUCCACAUUUUGUUGUGACAGCCUGAAUAGAAAAUGGUCACUGAUCUAUACAUAAUACCACAUAAUGUCAAAUACGAAUUAUUUAAAAUUGAUAAAGGUAUUCAACCCCUUUUCUGGCAAGCCUAAAUAAGUUCAGGAGUGAACAUUUGCUUAACAAAUCACAUAAUAAAUUGCAUGCACUCACUCUGUGCAAUAAUAGUGGUUAACAUGAUUUGUUAAUAACUAUCCCAUCUCUGUACCCCACACAUACAAUUAUCCGUAUGGUCCCUUAGUCGAGCAGUGAAUUUCGAGAACAGAUUUAACCACAAAGACUAGGGAAGUUUCCCAAUGCCUGACAAAGGAACGGAACUGAUUGGUAAAAAAUAAUGAAGCAGACACUGAAUAUCCGUUUGAACAUGGUGAAGCUGUUAAUUAGGCUUUGGAUGGUGUAUGAAUACACCCAGGCACCACAAAGAUACAGACUUCCUUUCGAACUGAGUUGCCGGGGAGAAAGAAAACCGCUCAGGGAUUUCACCAUGAGGCCAAUGGUGAUUUUAAAACAGUAACAGAGUUUAAUGGCUGUAAUAUGACAAACCUAACAUUGUGGUUACUUCAAAAUACUAACCUAAAUGACAGAGUGAAAAGAACGACGGCUGUACAGAAUAAAACAAUAUUCCAAAACAUGCAUCCUGUUUGCAACAAGGCACUACUGCAAAAUACUGCAAAAAAUGUGGCAUAGGAAUUCAAUUUUUGUCCUGAAUCACUGGGUACCAUUCUCAAUAUUGCAAGCAUGGGGGUGGCUGCAUCAUAAUAUGGGUGUGCUUGUCGUCAUAAAGGACUACAAAGUUUUUCCAGGAUAAAAAGAAUGUAGCUAAGCACAGGCACAAUCCUAGAGGAAAACCUGGUUCCGUCUGCUUUCUAACAGACACUUAGAAACUAGUUCACCUUUCAGCAGGACCAUAAACCUAAAACACAAGACCAAAUCUAUACGAGUUGCUUACCAAAACGACAUUGAAUGUUCCUGAGUGGCCUACUUAGAGUUUUGACUUUAAAUCUGCCUCAAAAUCUAUGGCAAGACUUGACAAGUCUGUCUAGCAAUGAUCAACAACCAACUUGACAGAGCUUGAAUAAUUUUCAAAAGAAUAAUGUGCAAAUAUUCCACAAUCCAGGUGUGCAAAGCUCUUAGACUUACUAAUACAUAUUGAUUAGAUAAGUAUUGGGUGUUUUAAUUUUCAUUAGUACAUUAUAUUUAUUUUUUGUGUAGAUUGAUGGGGGAAAAAAUUAAAAGCAAAUUAAAUCCAUUUUAACCCUACUAUGUAACAACAAAAUGUUGAAAAAGUAUAGGGGCGUAAAUACUUUCUGAAGGCACUGUAAUUGUAUUAUAUUAUCUAUUUAUUUUUGUUUUUCUCUGGGGAGCUAAAAUCAACCUAAUCGAAAAUGUAGUGUUAUAUAAACAUAGUCUAUGCGCAAACAAUGAACAAUGACACAAAUAACAGAAAUGACACAUUAUGCACACACACACACACACUUCUCUCUGUUCAGAAGAUAAUCCGGCUAAAAAUGUUUGGAUGCUACUGUUGAUUACACUCUAUGACAACAACUGAUGGUAUAUUCCAUUGCAUAUUAUUGCAUGAAUACCUUGGUAUCUGUUUAUCUGUUGCCUUUUGAAUUAUGUUACAGUGCACUCUAAAGAGUCUUACAUAAUGGGCUUAUGUUGUGCUUAACAUUUUUAUGGAGAAUAAAAGUUGGGAUGCUCUACUUUGUUACUAAUGUGCUCAGCAACCUGUAAAACACUUAAUCCCAUGUUAGGGAGCUUUGGUUGUCAGAAAUAUCAUUGUCUGAAUUUCUCGACCCUCCGCAACCACACCCCCAUACAAAAAUUCCUUUGCAGGUUUAUUUUACUAUAUGAUAUCCCAAAAAAAGGGUGUAAAGAAAAGAAAAAAGUAAGUUCCUGCUGAUCCUCCUGGAUAUACAAUAUGUGUAAUGAAUGCCCUUAUCUUUUCAACUACACACUGUGGACAGCUGGGCUUUGCGGAUAUGUGCAGGAUAAAGGCUAUGUUAUUGAUGAUGGAUGACAUUCCAGACAACGACACACAGUAAUGGGUUGGAAGUAUGGACUGAAUAUGCAGAUGGUGCAUCGACACAGAUGGUUUCACCCAUGGAGUGGUCUGAAGCAAGCAGCUUUGGAGUAAUCCGUUUUGCUGAAAACCAUGGUUCCCUCCCUGGCUGAUUAUGAAUGCUCGCUUUGUUCAAAGUGUGGCAACUGUACUUAGCCUUUUGGUCCCGGUCGAGUCAGAGAUUCAUGGGAACCUCAUUUCUUUCUCUUGUUCCUUUUUUUUUUUUUUUGACCCAGGACUAUGUUGAACAUGUAGUCCCAGCCAACUUUAUAUGAAAAUAUAUUUAAAAAUCCAUGAAGAAAAAAAUCCAUUAAAAUUGUUCUGUGCAAUAAAGGUAAUAUGCAGAUUU